GCUCCGGACCCGCCGUGCUCCCCUCUCCCGUCUCCCCUCUCCCGCUUCCCUCCCUUCCGCCCUCCCGCGCGCGCUCCGUUUCCCCAGCUCCCUUCCUCUCCCGUUGACUCACCCCGCCAGGAAUAGGGAUCGCCCGUGCCUUCCCGUCAGUCCCCUUCUGGGAAAACUCCUCCCUCCUUGCGCCCCGCUCCGCCCCGCUCCGCGCACCGGCAGCCGCGCGGCGGACACCGCGCACAGAGUCCCGCGCGCAGGGCGCGGCGAGCUGAGUUCGAGCAGGCGCGGGGUCGGCUCCGUCCCGCGAGCCGCCUCCUUCCCCGACCAGCCGAUCGGCCCCGGGGCCGGAGCCCAGGUCCCCGCUCGCCGACCCUCCGUCGUCCCUGCAGCGCCCUCGCCGGCCUCUCGAGACCUCAGCGGAGCCGCUGCUGGAAGAGCGGCGCCGGGGGGCACUCCGCGGGACUGGCCCGGCGCACCCGCCCACCUCCCCGCACCCUGGGACUGGUUCUGUAACAGCUGAGUCAGAUCAGGCCAAGUACCUGGGAUUCAGAGACCUGACCCCGCCGCCCAGAUAACCAGGUCUCACAGCUUCUCAGCUAUAGGAGUCGUUGGGAUGAAGAAGGUGGUUCUAACAGAGGCCCUCAGGAGAGGAGCAGCAGCGUCUGUGGGCAGGAUGUCAGACCCCCAUCUCGAGGGUCCUGUGUGGCUGGAACUGGGUGGGAGCCUCAGGCCGUGUCCUCAUGGUCUCUCUCUGACUUUCUGGAUGACACCAGGUCCAACGGGCGCUCCUCCAAGCGGAGCCUUGGAGGGCAAGGCCGGCACCAUUACCUCCAACGAGUGGAGCUCUCCCAACUCCCCCGAGGGGAGCAACGUCUCUGGGGGCAGCCAAGCCUUGGACAAGCCCAUCGACAAUGACGCGGAGGGCGUGUGGAGCCCCGACAUUGAGCAGAGCUUCCAGGAGGCCCUGGCCAUCUACCCGCCCUGCGGUCGGCGCAAGAUCAUCCUGUCGGACGAGGGCAAGAUGUACGCUCCUGGUACCCACCAUCCACUUUCUGUCCCUGUGGCUGUGACUCCUCUAGGGACCUCACGUCGGAAUGAGCUGAUCGCCCGCUACAUCAAGCUCCGGACAGGGAAGACCCGCACCAGGAAGCAGGUGUCCAGCCACAUCCAGGUGCUGGCUCGGCGAAAAGCCCGCGAGAUCCAGGCCAAGCUAAAGGAUCAGGCAGCUAAGGACAAGGCCCUGCAGAGCAUGGCUGCCAUGUCGUCCGCCCAGAUCAUCUCUGCCACCGCCUUCCACAGUAAAAUGGCCCUCGCCCGGGGCCCAGGCUACCCGGCGGUCUCAGGGUUUUGGCAAGGAGCUUUGCCGGGCCAAGCCGGAGCGUCCCACGAUGUGAAACCUUUCUCUCAGCAAACCUACACUGUCCAGCCGUCACUGCCUCUGCCAGGGUUCGAGUCUCCCGCAGGACCCACCCCGUCGCCCUCCGCACCCCCGGCACCCCCGUGGCAGGGCCGUAGCGUGGCCAGCUCCAAGCUUUGGAUGUUGGAAUUCUCUGCCUUCCUGGAGCGGCAGCAAGACCCCGAUACGUACAACAAGCACCUGUUCGUGCACAUCGGCCAGUCGAGCCCCGGCUACGGCGACCCCUACCUCGAAGCUGUGGACAUCCGCCAGAUCUACGACAAGUUCCCGGAGAAGAAGGGCGGCCUCAAGGAGCUCUUUGAACGGGGACCUUCCAAUGCCUUUUUCCUCGUGAAGUUCUGGGCAGAUCUCAACACCAACAUCGAGGACGAGGGCAGCUCCUUCUACGGGGUGUCCAGCCAGUACGAGAGUCCCGAGAACAUGACCAUCACCUGCUCCACCAAGGUGUGCUCCUUCGGCAAGCAGGUGGUGGAGAAAGUGGAGACCGAGUACGCGCGCUACGAGAACGGCCACUACUCCUACCGCAUCCACCGCUCCCCACUCUGCGAGUACAUGAUCAACUUCAUCCACAAGCUGAAGCACCUGCCCGAGAAGUACAUGAUGAACAGCGUGCUGGAGAACUUUACCAUCCUGCAGGUGGUCACCAACAGAGACACGCAGGAAACCCUACUGUGCAUCGCGUACGUCUUCGAGGUGUCGGCUAGCGAGCACGGGGCUCAGCACCACAUCUACCGGCUGGUGAAGGAAUAAGAGACCGGGGAGCAGGGAGGGGAGUGAGACAUCACGUGUGCAGGGACGUGGGGAGGGGACCUGUGGGGGCAGCCUCCCCGAAGCACCAAGAGAGUUGAGGUCAUGACUCUUCUACCCAGGAACAAACUGUGCCUGAACCCGCAGUGCCUAAGCCCAAUAAACCCAAGAUCUGUGCAUUUUCAGAG